CCAAAAGUGAUUAUAAAUACAUCUGUGAUUAUUUAACAAUGUCUUCAGAAGGACGUGGAAUAGCAAGAGGAUAUUAUGGUUUGCCAACAUACCCUGCAUACAUAUCUGGAUUUGAUCCUCUAACUGUGCUUGCUGGACUUGCUUUCCUUGCUUUCCUGUUGCAAACGCUGUAUGCACUAUUGUACAGGACUCCACAGCCUAGUGCCAUAACUCCAGUAGCUGUAUCCCGUUCAGUGUCUCCAGGAAUCUCAGACUUAAUGGAUAGGGUUUUAAGAGCAAUACAAAAGUAUGAUGAAUUAAACAAUCAGCAUGAACAAGACAGUUCUUGGUUUUUACCAUAUUUGAAAGCUGUCUCUGGCUUUAUGUCAAAUUUAUGGUUCUCAGCUCAGAACAAAACCUGUUUUGAAAAGUCUUGUAAAUUUCUCAGAUAUUAUAAUGAGAAGAUCAAACAAUAAUACUUACAAUGAGUAUAUUGUAAUAGAUUCUUUGUACUCGG